AUGGAUAAGGUGAAGCAGGCAGUGCGCAGGUGUGCCCGGCUGCGGGAGUUUGCAAACGAGGGAGCGAUGGGCAAGUACUCCAGGGAGGCGGCCAACCCCAGCAAGGCCUGCAAGGCCAAGGGCGUGGACCUCCGCGUCCACUACAAGAACACGUACGAGGCCGCCCAGGCGAUCAAGGGCAUGAACCUGAAGGCCGCGCAGUCGUACCUGCAGGACGUGUGCGAGAAGAAGCAGUGCGUCCCCUUCAGGAAGUACACCGGCUGCAUCGGGCGCACUCCCCAGGCGAAGGCGUUCAAGAUGUCUCAGGGCCGGUGGCCAGUGAAGUCCGCGAAGAUCCUGCUGGGCCUGCUCCAGAACGCGGAGAGCAACGCCGACUUCAAGAACCUCGACACGGACAACCUCUUCGUCAAGCACAUCCAGGUGAACCCCGCGCAGCAGGGCCGGCGCAAGACCUACCGGGCUCAUGGACGCAUCGGUCCGUACAUGUCGAACCCGUGCCACAUCGAGAUGAUCUUGGAGGAGAAGGACGAGUCGGUGGAGGCUCCCGCCGAGGAGACGAAGCCGAAGAAGUUCACCAAGAAGCAGAUGGCCAAGCGCCGCCUCCAGAUCGGGGGGGGCCCGCAGGCAUUCUCGGCCCGAGCUCGUUCGGCCGGCGCGGGCUGUGGCGUGGUUGGCUUCGGUGCUCAGGAGGCCAGCGCGGGCGGCGCCCUUUCGCCCGGGAUGGCGGCGCCUGCGGAUGCGCGCAAGAUCGUGAAGAAGAGGAUGAAGAGGUUCCCGCGGUUCCAGGCCGAUCGCUUCAAGAAGAUGAACCAGAGCUGGCGCAAGCCAGUCGGCAUCGACGGCCGUGUGCGCAGGAAGUUCAAGGGAUCCACCCAGAUGCCCAGCAUCGGCUACGGCUCCGACAAGAAGACGAAGUACCGCCUGAGGAACGGCUUUUACAAGUUCCGGGUGCAGAAUCUCUCGGACUUGGAGAUGCUGCUCAUGCACAACGAGAAGUACGCCGUGGAGAUAGCACACAACAUCGGCGCAAAAAAGAGAAAAGAGAUCGUGGAGCGCGCUGACCAGCUCCGCCUCUUCGUCACGAACAGGUUCUCGAGGCUGCGCACGGAGGAGAACGAGUGAGAGGCCGCGGCCACGCCGCCGCGCGCGCCGGCCAGAGGAGAGAGAGCGCGGGGGGACCAAACGCGCGCAGCGCCGAGGCACUCUGCAAAGGAGGCCGCCCUUAGCAGGAGGACGCAGGGAGGCA